UGAGUUUUGUUUUCGAGCGAAAUCGAGGUUCGGGGUUGCCAAAGGGGUCUUGGCAAGCUAUUAAUAGUGAACAGGAGCAGCUCGUCGGACUGGUGCGGACGUUGCUUCUUCUUGCCACUAUCACUUCGAAACCGGCCCACGCUGGAUAUUAAUAUACAGUCUUUCUCGUUCGAGAAUGUCGAUUUGUGUCUUGGCCUUAAGAACAACAACCAAUUCCAGUGCUAGAACGAUAGUUGCCACUGAUCGCGAAGCUCUGUUCUCUUGAGUUCUUCCGGGCUAAGAUCACCAGCGCCGUUGUUGACUAUUGUUGACGCUUCGACCUUUCCAGCUACUCAGCUAGCAAUCAGCCCAAUAUCUGUAAGUACAGUUUAUACAGAAGACUGGUCACAACCUUUUCUUUCACAGGAUAGCCAGAGUCCUGCAUUCUAAUUUAAUGUCAUUCAGGCGAUCGAUCCGUGCUUGGCACAACCUGGGCUCGUCGGGAGUGACCAAAAACAUUGGUGAAGCACAUGCUUCGCACGAGCGCAACAGGACGGAACCAGGUCCACUCGCGCAAAUUUCCCAUGUGCUUAGGGUUCGAGAUUUAUUACCUCGAUGCCACAACGAAAACAAACAUGGAAUGUGAUCCGCUGAGCAUCGACCUGCGCCUCAUUUUUUCCUGCGAUCAGGCCACACCCGGCAUAAACUCUGCGGGAGUCAAACGCACAGAACUUCCAAAAAUCCGCCAAUGUUGUACAAGCAUGGGCUAGCUACCUCCGGCGACAACCAUGGGCCCGCCAGGAAACCACCAACUUUUGGUCGAGCCCGAAAAGCCAACAAAAUAUCGAACCGAGUUCUCCACAGGACUGACCGAGAUAGGGUAGGCUGGUGAACAAAGAUAUUCCGCCAGGCCGCCUGAAAUAAGAGUCGUUAAGCAAUCGUUCGUAAUUGUCGGUUCCAUCGGCCGUCAUUGGAUCCAAUGCUGUUACCAGAGCCAUUGUUUUGUCUCGGUCUUUGAUUGAGCUUGGCUGUAUCAGAUAGAUUCCAUUCCAUUCUCAUCGUGUGCAGCCGAUAUUCUCGUAGCAGCACAAUAGCAGAUUACCAUGACAGAACAACGACGCACAACGCCAGGAAUCGACCCCGGCGGCAAGAACGCCAAAGUUGGUCUAGGAGACGACAAUAGUAGCUACACCUCCUGCGAUUCCUCCGAAUCCUCUCCCGCACCUCCAUCUUCCAGUGCUGCCGUGGCAUGCUUGGUUUGCACAGGAGUUCACCAACCCAAUCGUUGUCCCUUACUCAAGAUGGACGAGGCCCACCAAGCCAAAUUCUUUCAAAGCAUUCUUGAACGAACGGCAUCUCAUCCAGGCGACAGUCCUGGCAUUGAUCAUGCACAGUCUUGGGCCUAUCCCGCAACACAUUCCAAAAAGUCUAAAUCGCAGGCAAAAGAAGACCCGAGCCAACCCAAGUCUAAAUCCCACCAGAAAGCUACUGACAUGAGUAUCUCCAAAGCCCAAUCUUGGGCCUACCCAGCCAAGUCUUCAGCAAAGCCAGCAAAGCCAACUGCUUCUCGAUCCAAGCCUCCAAAAGCGCCACAAGCCAAGCCUCCAAAACCUCCCUUGAAGGCAGCUCCACAGAAGCCUCCAAAAGCACAGGCACAAGAAGAGGCACAGCUGGAGUCCUCCGCCACCAAGAAUCCUCCCAAGGAGGCCAAGGCCUCCAAGAAGACUGCCUCAUCUGCAGAGGCUGGCCCCGUUUCCACGUGCCAGUCUUGGGCCCAUCCAGUCAAACCACCUCAAGCCACUCCAUCAACAGCAAAGGAGCAAGAAAAUCGGAAUCAGAAGCCUCGUGCCAAAGAAGAUUCCUCGCAAACGGAAAAGGGCGUCAUCGUCAAAGCCCAAUCCUGGGCGUAUCCAGUCAAGUCAAAAACUGCCGUCGAACCUCAAAAGCAACUGCAGUUGGACACUAUUUGCAUUGCGGAUGACGAGGAAAAGCCGAUAGCUACGCCAGAACGCCAAAACAUUGGACACGAAAGCAGUAGCAGCAGCGAGUCUUCAAGCUUUCAAUUCAUCUCGCCUUCAUCAGAAACACCUGGAGACGAAAGCAGCCGUACUGGUAGCACUCGACAUGAAAACGUUUCAACAUCGGGGAGCCACAGGAGUAUCAUUGUCAGAAAUGACUCAAAUUCUACUAGGUGUUCUCAAGGAAAGCCAGUCAAAUCCUUGCAUACCAUGUUUUCCAAGGAAGACAUGGCGUAUACACUUGAACUGUUGAAGCUUGACAUCCACUGUGACGAUGACAGCACUGUCACUGUUGUCGACGAAGCAAGAGGAACGAAAAGUCAUACCAGCAAGGCGGCAAACCUCCCUCCACGACCGCCACCAGUUUUCUACCUAUGGACGUACUUUACAGAGGAGCUCAUUCAUGCGAACAUGCUCAAGUGUAUCGUCGCAUUGAGCAAACAUGCUUCCCGAAACCCGUACCUGUACAUCUGCUCCAUCAUCGCUCUUUCAUUUACACUUGCGGGUGUAGGUUUCUUCACGAACUUUAGAAUGGAAUUUGACCACGAAGUGCUGUUCACCCCAAUGGACAGUCUUCCCAAGGUCCAUGGGGACUGGAUCUAUGAAAAGGCUGGUUUCGAGGAUGACAGUGACGUCAACUUGAUCAUUCACGCAGACGGCAAGAAUAUUAUGCAUAUUGAUGCAAUGAAGAGGACAUUUGAGGCGUUGGAUACUCUGCGAUCCACACCUGGCUAUGACCAUUUAUGCUCAACAUCUUCCCAUCUGAACCUAAAAGGGAAGCCAGAUUGCUGGAUUUGGAGCACUACCCAGUUUUGGGAGCACAACUAUGAAACAUUCAAAGAGCAAGUCACCACAGAUGAACAGCUCGUUGAAAAGAUAUCACAAUCAGCGUUCCCAGAUGGUACACCCGUCUACAAGGAAGCCUCGUUUGGCAAAUUCGAGAGUGUUCCUGCCUGGAUGAUCGAUCGAAAGGGCAAAAAUGUAACAUACGAUUUGUUGACUUACGUCCCCAACUUCAUCGUGAGUGUCGGCCUCCCAGACACCGAGGAAAGCGAGCUGUUUCAAGAGAUUGCAUUGGACCGACUCAAAGAGUUGAAGACUAAAUGGGAGCUUGAAGACAAGGAGGCCAAUCCAGAAUCCGUCAAGCUCGAGUUCUUCACCGUCUAUGCCUAUCUGCUCGAAUACGAACGUGCCUUGACCAAUGACAUGCCGCUGGUCCCCUUGACUUUCUACGUUAUGCUGCUUUUCACAUGCAUCGUGUUCCACAGGCUGGGAAUGGGCUCAGGAAAAUCUCCAAACGGAAUCGAACCCUCUCGGUUCUCGCUCGGAAUGCUCUCUACAUUCACAAUCGGCAUGAGUCUGAUGACAGGAUAUGGUCUCAUGUUCUGCAUUGGCAUCCCAUUCACCAACUUGUCGCAAAUGGUCCCAUUUAUUAUUCUGGGUGUAGGACUUGAUGACACGUUUAUCAUCACAGGAGCUUACUUUCGCAAGCUUGCUGAAGAGAACCGACUAGAAUCACCUGUUGGCGGCGAAGAAGACAGAGACGAAAACGAAAUCAUCACCGCGCGCAUCGAGGAAACCAUGGAAGAGGUCGGUCUAAGCAUUGCUCUCACCACGACAACUACGACGUUUGCUUUCUGUUUGGGCUGUAUGUCCACAAUUCCUGGUAUCCAAUGGGUCUGCCUCUAUGCCAGUGCCACAAUCUUUGCCGACUUCAUCUAUCAGAUUACUCUCUUUGUCGCUUUCCUGACGCUUGAUGAACGGAGGAUGAUCCGAGCACGGAAGAACCAGGUCGGACGUGACUAUCUUUACCUCGGCAAUGUGUUUGGCAACAUGCGCAGCGCUGCCCCCGACGACAGCAAAUCGUACGAUGGCAGCAUAGUUUUCGACGAUGACAGCAAGGAAGACGACAAGAGCUUGAAGAAGGAGACGGAGAAUGACGCCGAUGAACCAUUGUUCACACAGAGAAUCAUGCGGUGGUACGCCGACCAACUCCUCCGACCCAGGGUGAAAGUAGCCGUCCUGGUAGUGUUUUCGGCAUUGUUUGCCUUUUGUGUGUGGAGAACAACUCUACUGAAGCAAGCCUUCAACGUCGAAGACUAUGUACCGGAAGACUCCUACACAAAGACGUUCUUUUCUUCGCUCUCCAACUAUUCCAGCUUGAAGCUCCCGUUGACUGUCUAUUUCCGCAACGUGAAUCAAUCUGACCCCAUCAUCCAAGACCAAAUGCGAGAAUACAUUGCUGCCUUGUCGGAUCUGCCUCAAGUUCGACAGCCCCCAGAUUUCUGCUGGGUCCGCGAUCUGCACGCUUACAUGACAGGAGAAGCCACCGAGGAUAUGGACGAAGACCAAGCCCGACAGGCCGCAAUCAUCGCGAGAGCGGUCACUGCAGGGAACAACACAUUUUCCGAGCAGCUCGACAUUCUGUUGAACAUUCCAGUGAUUCGCGACGUCUACGGCGGCGACAUUGUGAGAGACGAACAGGGAAACAUUCUGACGUCAAGGUGCUAUCUUUUCGUCAGAUACAUUGACUUGAAAAGCAUUCAAGAACAAACACAACUUCUCUAUGAUCAAAGGCAGAUCACAGCGCUGUAUCAACCCCGACUCGAAGGAGAGGUGGCCAAUCGAGGGGAAUUCUCCUUCUUCUCGUUCGAUGAACUAUUCUACUACUGGGAACUGUAUACUGUUUCCGUGGACGAGCUGAUAUUCACCACGAUCUCCGGAGUGGUGGCAGUCAAUGUCAUUGGGUUCUUGCUGAUACCUCAUUGGACUGCUACGGCCUUUAUCUUUCCCAUCAUCAUCAUGCUUUACUUCAACCUACUGGGAACGUUGCAACUCUUCGGGGUGUUUAUCAACGCAGUAACCUAUGUCACGAUUGUCAUUGCUAUCGGUUUGCUAGUCGACUUCCUCAUGCACAUCCUGCUGCGAUACUAUGAAGCAACUGGGACGACGAGGGAAGAAAAGGUCAAAGAAACCCUUGAAACAAUGGGGGCCUCCAUGCUGAUGGGAGGCUUUACGACUUGGCUCGGUGUAAUCCCGCUAUCGUUGAGCUCCACGAAGAUCUUCUACACAAUCUUCGUGGCAUUCAUGGCCAUGGUAACCUGGGGUCUACUGAUCAGCUUGGUUCUCAUGCCUGUGAUCCUAUCCAUGUGUGGUCCGAUUGUUUGCACGAUUGCUCCCCGAGAGCCCCGUUCUCCGAAGCUGGACGCUGGCAAGAAAGCAACGACAAGAGCCCUGGGCGGCAAACCACAGAGCGAGAAAUCCUUGGAUGACGACAGCAGCCUAGAGGACGAGGAAGUCGCCACCAAAGCAUGAAAACGAUGAAGCCUUGCUCGGCAAAAACGCAUGAAGCCACUAUCAUAGCCACUAGAACGCUCCGGCGGCUACCGUACUAGACUGCAACCAACCCCCCAGCUAUUCAACUCGACUGGACAGUCUACCGUAGUUCACAUUUGUACAUAAUCCAUUACUUAUCCCUCUCGCCAACAAUCCAGGCUUAUGAUCAGCAACAAUGAUAAGCAGUGGAUGCUUUCCGGUCACACUUGCUUACUCCAAUCAUUGGAACGAGAUCCAACACAUCCCUAAUUCCAAUUGGAUCAUAAACAAGUACACGUCAGUCCAGAGCGAGCUAGCUAGACACAUGCUACCUACUCGCCUUCUACUAGCUAGCUAGUAGUAGACAUACCGGUAGCCUUCGAAGUCCUUUUUUUUGUGUGGAAUCGAAUCGAUUGUUGGGUCCCCUCUACGGGAUUGGCUAGCUCUAGGUU